UGCAUCUGAGCUUGUGCGUGUGUGCAUGUGUGUGUGAGAUUGUGUGCAAGUGUGUUAAUGCACACGCAUGUGCAUAUGUGAGUGCUUGUGUGUGUGCGUGUAAACUGGAUUUGAGUGCACGUUCAUGCACACACUCACACUUAUACACAUAUACGCUUACACACAAAUUAGCUCAUACUCGCACACAGUGCAUGAACGUGUGUGUGUGUGUGUGUGUGUUUCACUCUCUGACCUUUUUAUUCGCAAAGUAAAAUACAAGAUAAUGUACGGAUAAUAAUGAUAAUCUGAUAAUGAGCUGUGAAAUAUUAACACUGUCACGUUUCUCUUCAUGAGCUCUCCUAUCACCUCACAUUCCCUCCAGCUUAUCUACACCAGGCUUAUUGUAAUAAAUAAAAACAUAAAAACAUUUUAAGUUGGAGUAUUUAAGUAAAUAAACUUAGAUAUAUACUUAACAUCAUAAAAUAUCAGCACGUAUUAUAAUAUAUCAAUGACUAAAAUAAGAUUGAUUUGCACAAAGCGCAGUAUCUGAUCUCUAACACAUGCUGCAGUAACCUUUAUCAGCUCGUGAGAAACUUUGAGUUUGUACUUUCAUACUUCAUACAGAAGUCAUAGCACUCAUAUUAAUACACAGUUAAGCUAAGAUACACAACAACAUCCGUGUGUGUGUGUGUGUGUGUGUGUUAACAGCUAAUGUUCUGAAACACAGUCCAGAGUUCACACACACACACACACACACACACUCCUGCAGAGGGUCUGAGUCGGUGCUCAGUUUCUUCUGGCCGUCAUCAUGGACUUCAAGAGCAAGCAGAAGAAGAAGGUCCUUGUGAUCUCGGUGCUGCUGGCCGUGUGUGUGGUGGUGAUCAUUCUGGGUUUGGGUUUGGGUCUCGGUCUCCAGCUGCAGGACUGCAGGAAUAAAGAUGUGUCAGCAUCCUGCAGGAAUCGUUGCUAUGAGCCAUUGGAUGUGGAUUCAACAUCCUGUCGCUGUGACAGUCAGUGUUUGGAGACUCACAGCUGCUGCUUUGACUAUAAGGACAUCUGUCUGCUGCCCACUCAGAGCUGGGAGUGCAGUGCGCUUCGCUGUGGAGAGAGACGGCUGUCCGGCAGCAGGUGUCACUGUUCGGAGGACUGUAUGAGCGCCGGAGACUGCUGCUCCAACUACAAGAGCAUCUGUGAGGGAGACACAGAGUGGGUUCAGGAUGAGUGUGUGGACAUGAACACUGCCAAAUGCCCUGCCAGUUUUAAGAGGCAGCCGCUGCUGUUGGUCUCUCUGGACGGUUUGAGAGCUGAAUAUCUGCAGUCGUGGCAUGCAGUGGUUCCAGUGCUGGACAAGAUCAGACGCUGCGGUACGUCGGCACCCUUCAUGCAGGCCGUGUUCCCCAGUAAGACGUUCCCUAACCACUACUCCAUCGCCACAGGUCUGUACGCUGAGUCACACGGGCUGGUGGAUAAUAACAUGUACGACCCCGUGUUCAACGCUUCCUUCAGUCUGUCCAACAGUGAGAAAAACAAUCCCAGAUGGUACCAGGGACAACCGAUCUGGAACACAGCCAUGUAUCAGGGACUGAAGGCCGGAACGUUCUUCUGGCCGGGAUCUGAUGUGGCCAUAAACGGGAGUUUCCCAGAUAUCUACAUGAGUUAUGACGGGAAGGUCCCGUAUGAGGAGAGGGUCUUCAGUGUUCUGCGCUGGCUGCAGUUACCAGAGGAUAAACGGCCAGAUUUCUUCACAAUCUACCUGGAGGAGCCUGAUAGUUCAGGACACAGCUAUGGACCCGUCAGUGGAGGGCUGAUCUUGGCUCUGCAGGGAGUGGACAGAGUUAUCGGUCAGCUGAUGAAUGGCCUCAAACAACUCAACCUUCAUCAGUGUGUCAACAUCAUCAUCGUCGCCGAUCACGGUAUGGAGGAGACCAGCUGUGAGCGUAAAGAGGCUCUUCAGAAUAUUAUAGGUGAUGUCAAUCAUCUGUUCGUCAGUGAGGGGCCGUUUGGACGAAUCAGAGCUAAGGACACAACACACACCUUGGACGCAGCUGGACUUGUGGCAAACAUGUCGUGUAAGCGACCAGAGCAGCAGAUCAAGCCUUACCUGAAACAUCACCUGCCCAAACGUUUCCAUUACGCCAGCAACAGACGCAUCGAAGACGUCAGCGUCCUGGUGAACCCACGCUGGCUCUUUGAGAGAUAUCCUGGGUCUCUCACAUUCUGCUCAGGAGGUAAUCAUGGAUAUGAUAAUGACAUCUACAGCAUGCAGGCCUCGUUUCUCAGUUUAGGCCCAAAAUUCCCCUUUCAGACAGAAGUGGAGCCGUUUUCCAACAUUGAGCUGUACAACCUCAUGUGUGACUUGCUGGAAAUCACUCCGUUCCACAAUAACGGGACGCACGGGAGUCUGAACCACCUGCUGCGGACACCGGUUUACAGCCCCAGUCACCCGACAGAGCAGAGCGGCCCGGAGCAGUGUCCGAUCACCAGCCUGGAGCCCACACACACACUGGGCUGCAGCUGCACUGCAGUGAGUGAAAGUGACAUUAACGCACGUCUGAAUCUCACCGAUGCAGAAGUGGCCGAGAGCGAGAGGCGACACAUGUUGUUCGGCCGUCCGCGGGUUCUGCAGUCUGACGCUAAGUACUGUGUCCUGCACCAACACGGUUUCAUUACGGCCUACAGCACACGCACCCACACGCCCGUCUGGAGCUCCUUCACUCUCAACAAACAGGCUGAAAGCUCUCCGGUCGUCUCAGAUUGUCUUCGGGCAGACAUCAGGAUUCCAGCCAAUCAGAGCGCGACAUGUAACCAGUACAACAACGCUGGCAACAUCACACACGCCUUCCUGUUCCCACCCAAUCUGAACGGCACGUCUGAAGAUCAGUUUGACGCUCUGACACUUGGAAACACGGUCCCCGUCUUCCCACAGUUCAAGAGACUCUGGCAGUAUUUUCAGGAGGUUCUGCUGAUCAAAUACGCAUUUCAGUAUAACGGUAUUAACGUGGUUACCGGCCCAGUGUAUGACUACAACUUUGAUGGACACUUUGACUCUCCAGAGCAGAUCCAGGAGUUCGUUGCAGGCUCAUCUAUUCCUGUUCCCACUCAUUAUUUUGUGGUCCUGACCAGCUGUAAGAAUGACACACAGAUGGUGAACGAGUGUUCUGCUGAACUUCAGACGGUUUCCUUCCUGCUUCCACACAGGAGCGACAACAUGGAGAGCUGCGCUGACGAUCAGCCGGAGUCUCAGUGGGCGGAGCCUCUCCUGUGGAUGCACCAAUCACGAGUAAGAGAUGUGGAGUGGAUCAGUGGACUGGACUUUUUUCAAGACAGCAAGCGUCCAAUCGCUGAGCUCCUGAGUCUGAAGACCCGCCCCACCGCCGCCAUUCAUCCCAAAGCUUGAGUUUGUGUUAAUAUAUUUAUUUAAUCCUCUUUCCGUUUUGACCUAGAUGAGAAGCUUACAAAUUCAUAAAAACAAACAAAGUGUAGUUCUUAGAUGCAUUAAGAUUUAAAGUUUAAAGUUUAAGUUUAUGCCCCUAAAAUUAACUGAUUUUGUUUGGCAAAAUAUUUAAUAUUUAUGUUGUUCUGUUAGAGAUAAAUAUGUAGGUUUCAUAAAUGUUAUACUUAUAAAUCCAAAGGAAUUUCAUAAAAUUCCAUUCAUUCCAAUGGAGUUAAUGCUGGUAAUUCAUUAAAGAAAUUUCAUAAAACGAUAUAUUCAAAUAAAAUUUCUCAGCAAUAUUGAAAAAAUCAUAGUUUGUUUGGUGUGGUUCAUGUGUAAAUUUCAAAGAAUUUAAUUUUUUAAUUAAUAAAUACUUUCACUCAUUAAUAAGAAAUAUCUAAUCAGAUGUUGUUUUAGUUGCAAAAUUACUAAUUUUCAUAAAUUAACGAUUCUUGGGGUCCAAACGGAUAGUAUGUAGAUUCAGAAUGAGAAAUUGGAGGGUUAGUGAUGGUUUAGUAAAAAAGUAACUAAUUACAUUACUUAUUAACUUUUUAUGGAAAGUAAUGUGUUACUCUACUGUUGCGUUACUUUUGCGUUACUUUUUAAAUAUAAGCAGGGCUUGAUUGUUUUUAAUAUAAGUAGUUAUAUUUAUAACAAACACAUUAGUUAAUAAAAUGGGAUUAGAUACAUUUGUGUUCUUAAAAUAUAUUGUCAUAUAUUGUAAUAUAUUAUUUUCCCUUUUUAUUUUCUAAUAUAUUAUAUAUUUGAAUACAUUUAAUAAUAUAUUAAUGAUACAUAUAUUAUAUAAUAUAUUGCAAAAUAUACAAAUGAUUGCCGCUUUCAAUAUAUUGCAAUAUAUUGGAAAAAAUAAAUAUAUAUAAGAAUAUAUGCCUAAUAUAUUACAUGAUAUUUUCCAAUAUACUGCAAUAUAUUUUUGUUUCAUAAGGGACAUUUCACUGUUUUCAUUCAUUUUGAUGAAUACUAAAUCUGUUUUGUUGCGAGUGUGAUGAAUCAAUGCACAUUUACAUUUAAUCUAGAACUACAUCAUGUUCACACAACGCCUCUGUACUUCCGAUUUCUCCCAGUAUGGGGACAGGAGACUCCUCAGUCAAUAAACGGGAAAACAAAG